AUGACUCUGGCUUCGGAAUUAAAUAGCGUCCACUUAUUGGCACCGGGUGUUAAAAUAACCUCGUACAGACACCGUCAAGAUCCAUACAGGCCGUAUUUCAUGCUUUUGGAAGAUGCAACAUAUUCCUAUUGCCAAGACAUUCCAGGUUUGAGGAGGAAAUGGGAAUAUGCAAUGAAAUUAAUAUUAGAAUGUAUUAACUAUGAUGAACACAACUGGAGCGUAAACUGCGAUUUUAAGACUCCGAGUAAUAAGUUUGGCUACGACAUUUCCGGAAAAGAAAAUUGUACGCAACCAAGCAGUUUAAAGGUGAUAAGUACGCCGAAUAACAGGCUUGUCGAUGAAAAUGCCGAAAAAGAAAAUUCUCCGCAACCAAGCACUUCCAAGGAGAGUAUGCCGAGUGACCCGCCAGUCAACAAUAUAGCUUUAAUAGACGAUGAUGAAGAAGAAAAUAAUGUUCAUUCACAGCAAAGCACUUCAAAGGUGAUUUAA